GUCCUCGGAUCUACGUUCCCAUUUCCUCUUUCGGCGCCGACAGCAUGCAACGACCCUCUCUGCACCAUCUCCACACCUUGUCCAUACUUGUACUGCUACAUCACUGCCUCGAACAUGCAGUCGUCACAGGGCAGCAGAACUCGGGUCAUGGGAUCCGAAUGCCGGCUGCUCCGAACACAAUGGGAGGCUUGCGGUAGGGAUCAAACUGGGAAUGUGCACAAGGGGCUUCCCGACCACGGGCUCAACUGCAGAUUUGGAGGCCAUCAAGGUUCCACAGCAACCGACGUCGAAAGAGAUCCCAAACAACGCAGAAGCAGCACGGACGCGGAUGCCAAUUUUUCCCGAAGUUGGGACAGCUAUUUUCAUUCUGGACCGGCUGGGUGUCAGCAUGAAGAGGGGACUCCGAGUACCUACCGGUGGCGAGGAACUGACUGGGGCAAAAACCUUGACGGCCUGGUGCUAGCCUGGACUCACGCGAUCUCAAACGGCAACGGCGACAUCGCGGUUGUGGUCGAGCCCGAUGGUCUCGCGCCUGAAGGCGGCGCGUGCCCCGCCGACAACGAGCACGGAGACGAGGAGGCUGGUGGGUGGCCGCGCUUCUUCACGCCGAUGGCGCACCUCUGCGUGUUCAGCUCGCAGCAGGAUUUUCACGACUUCUUGGCUACUCGAGACCUAAACCAACCGCCAGAUGGGCGACACCUUGGCAUGGACGAAGACGAAGGCGGUGACCCGCCGCAUGCCUGGGGUCAGGACCCAGACAUCAGAAAGGCCCUGGAGGGCACGGCGACGGAUCAAGCACAGGCAAUGGCGAGGGUCCUACACUACUUGCUCUCGCACGUCCAACCGCGUCUCCAAGGCAAAGUUCAGGCUGUCCUUCAUGAGCCGGAUGUAGCCUUUUUCUCCGACAAACCUGGGAAGUACGUGGGCAUGUUCGUACGCAAGACGGAAGGGCGGACGUACAAGUCACUCAAGAUGACCGAAACGUUGGAUUGCUUCGAAAAAGCGUUCAAGUACAUCGAAGACUUGGACAGGUUCUCGGCCGGUCAUAUCAGCUUUUCGGAGAUUACCGGAAUUUUCUUGGUCUCCGAAGACACCACUGCCCUGCCAGAGGCCAAGAGUAUCGUGCGCCGGUACUUUGGAAAAGUAAAGAGUGAUAAGGUUGUUCAGCUGGUUGCCGCUGAUCCGGGGCCGUCCGCCACGGAGGGUGAGGUCGAUCUGCGCAGCAGUUGUGGAACCUCCGAUGGCGAGAGAGAAAUGGCGUUGAAACAGACUCUGGUGGAGUUGCAACUGUUGGCACAAGCCGACGUGUUCGUGGGAGUUGCCUCGGAAAGCUUUAGCAAGCUCGUGUUCCUCAUGCGAGAGACCCUCCAGUUCGCCAGAAAGACAUCGCUCAGCAUGGACGAGACGACGCCGUUUCCCGGGAUGUUCCGCUAG